ACAAAAGCGGCGCGGGAGGCCGGGUGGCCCGGCACAGGCGGCCGGAGCGGUGGAGGCUUCGGCAGCUGCGGCAGCGGGUAGAGGGUAGCGGGGCUGGGGCUGGCAGCCCGGCGGCCGCAGGCGCCAUGGGCAAAGGCGGGGAGCAGGGAGAUGAGGGCUCCGCUGAGCGGGAUACCCCAGCGCUGCCGACCUACAGCUGGAAGGAGAUCCAGAAGCACAACCUCCGCACCGACCAGUGGCUGGUCAUCGACCGCAAGGUGUACAACAUCACCCAGUGGUCCCGCCGCCACCCGGGCGGACAUCGGGUCAUCGGCCACUUCGCCGGCGAGGAUGCCACGGACGCUUUCCUCGCCUUCCACCAGGACCUGCAUCUUGUGAGGAAGUACAUGAAGCCCCUGCUGAUUGGGGAGCUGGCCCCGGGGGAGCCCAGCCAGGACCGUGGCAAGAGUCCCCAGAUUACAGAGGACUUCCGAGCCCUGAGGAAGACUGCGGAAGACAUGAAGCUCUUUGAAACCAACCACAUGUUCUUUCUCCUGCUCCUGGCCCACAUCAUCAUCAUGGAGAGUGUUGGCUGGUUCACCAUUUUCUACUUUGGCACUGGAUGGAUCUCGACCAUCUUGACAGCCUUCAUCCUAGCGACCUCCCAGGCCCAGGCUGGAUGGCUCCAACAUGACUAUGUCCACCUCUCGGUCUACAAGAAGUCCUCGUGGAACCACGUUGUCCACAAAUUUGUGAUCGGCCACCUCAAGGUAACCUCGGCCAACUGGUGGAAUCAUCGGCACUUCCAGCAUCACGCCAAGCCCACAUUUUCCAGAAGGACCCCGACGUGAAACAUGUUGCACGUUUUUGUCCUGGGCGAGUGGCAGCCAGUGGAGUAUGGCAAGAAGAAACUGAAAUACCUACCUUAUAACCACCAGCACCAGUACUUCUUCCUGAUUGGGCCGCCAUUGCUCAUCCCAAUGUACUUCCAGUUUCAGAUCAUCAUGACCAUGAUUGUGCGCAAAGAUUGGGUGGACUUGGCCUGGGCCAUCAGCUACUACACCCGCUUCUUCUUCACCUACGUCCCCUUCUACGGAGUGCUGGGAUCCCUCUGUUUCCUCAACUUCAUCAGGUUCCUAGAGAGCCACUGGUUUGUGUGGGUCACACAGAUGAAUCAUAUCCCUAUGGACAUCGAUCGGGAGAAAUACCAAGACUGGCUAAGUGGCCAGCUGUCGGCCACUUGCAAUGUGGAGCAGUCUUUCUUCAAUGACUGGUUCAGUGGGCACCUCAACUUCCAGAUUGAGCACCAUCUCUUCCCCACCAUGCCACGUCACAACUACCACAAGGUUGCCCCACUGGUCAAGUCUCUGUGUGCGAAGCAUGGCAUCGUUUACCAAGAGAAGCCCCUCAUGAGAGCCCUCCUGGACAUCGUGGGGUCCUUGAAGAAAUCAGGAGACCUCUGGUUGGAUGCAUAUCUCCACAAAUGAAGCCCCCACAUAGGAACCUGUGGGGAGGGAGGCUCCUCUAGGAGGGCAAAGGCCAUUUCAGGAACCCCAGGGGAGCUCCCCUUUGACACCUCCUUCCUCUCUGUCUCUCUCCUCCCUCCCACCUUCUCUCUAUCCUCUUCUCCUUGUGUCAGUUUCCCUCUUUCUCUCUAUUUCCCCCUCUCACUUCUUCAUUCUCUCCCUCUCCUCACUCUCCGUCUUUUUCUCUUCAGUGUGUCUCUAUCUCUGUCUCUCUCUUAGAGCAUAAUUCCCUUCUCCACUUGCCUGGCACCUGGCAAUGGCCAAUCUGGCUUCUCUUCAGGGAUGGGGGUAGUGGCUAGGUGACACGAUGGGCCCUUUUGGCUAUUGGAGUCUCUAGGACCCGAGCCUAAAUGUUGGGCCUCACUCCUCAUCACAUUCCAAGCCUGGCUUCUGCUUCUGGCCUGGCACAUGACAGGCUGCCCUCCUUCUUCAUUCCUGCUGUAACUCACAGCUCUCUCUUCCCCAAGGGAAGAAAGAGAUGGGCUGUGUUGUCUUCAAUGGCCAGUCCCUACCCCUGCCCUAAGCCCCUGCCUGUCUCAGGGGAGGAGGCCUCUGUCAGCUGCUGGCCUAGCCUCAGCCUCAGCCCAUCACCUCUCUGCACCCCCUGGAAGUUGUUAUUAAAUCACUAGCCCUCAGACUUGCUCUUCCGGGCCUGCCUAGCCGGUCUUUUGUUGGAAAGGCCUUCACCCACAACUCCAUGGCCAUUUCACACUCCCUGAGCAGCUCACCAAGUACCUGCUGAUUUGUCCUCAAGUGUGCUUCGUUCUUAGGAACGGAGCCGAUGUGGCAGGAAGAAUGCCAGAUGUAGUAUUGGGAGACCUGGGUUCAAAUCCCGGCUCAGUGACUUACUAUGACCUUGGGAAAACUCUUUGGGCUUUGUUUCUUCUGUCAAAUGAGGGGAUUGGACUGGAUGGACCUCCGAAGUUCCCGAGUCUCUUGGACCAUGUGACCUUGUGACCAUCUCAGCCCGGGUUCAGAUUAGAAACACCCAAUUGCCUGUUCUCCCAAGAGCAUAACUGGCCACCUAUCCCCCUACAGAGUUGGCCCAAAAGUUUAAACUCCACUUGACUUCACCACCCACCACCCCAGGAGCUGUCCAGCAUCCCCCAUGGCCCGGGUCAGUAGGGUCCUAGGGCCUGUCUCUCAGGUUGCCUUUUGAAACCAUCACUAGGGAGGCAGACAGUGCCCAAGCCAAUUUGGGACAACUGAGGCAGCUGUCCAGACCACACCUCAUCCUGCCUUUGAAGACCUCCGAAGUGGUUUCAUGCCUUCCCUCAGGGCCUUUCCCAGUGUCCUAACCCUAAGGUCAGAGGGGUUCAGCAGCCCCCUCGCCCAUGUUUGGUCCCACCCCCCCCACCUCGGCCCCCAGCACAGAGUUUGUGCUUGGGCCUAACUGUAGGAAUGGAGAUUUAGAAGGCUAAAAGGGGGAGGGAGCCCUUAGGGAUUGUGGAGAGUCUGAGCUCACCUUUUACAGAUGGGGAAACUGAGGCUCCGAAAAGUUCACCUGAGAUCACACAGGACGUGAGGAGCACAGCUGGGCUCGAGCCCAAGUUGUGUGGCCCUGAAUCCAUUUCUAUAUCUCCUAGACCGAGCUGCCUUCUCUUUGGAGGAACAACCUUUGGCCUCGUGCCGCCUCCUCCCGGCACACAUCACAGUGGCCUUAAGAUUUUGGAAGGAAAUUCUCCACCUCCUUUUCUGACCCAUAUGCUGGGAGGGGCUAGUUUAUAGUCCAGAGUACAAACAUUCCCUCUGAUCCUAUAAUGGGGGGGGGUAGUGAUUAGAUUAUCCCUUUGGCCACCCUUGAAUGUCCAGGACAGAUGCCAAUGGGUGAUUUUUAGACUUCUUUCCUCUAUGGACCUCAGUUUCCCCUCCCUGUAAAAUGAAGGUGUUGGACUAGAUUUCUCCUUGGCUACCAGCACCAGCAUGAUCUGUCUCCUCUCUUGGGCCCUCAGUUCAGCCUUGAUGUCUCUGCCCUUCCCAGUCCACAACUGAGAAACAGCCCUGUCUUGGGUCCUGUUUGUUUAGAGUUAAACUGGGCUGCUUAGAGGAGCCUCAGGAGAUGGUAUCUCUCAGAAACAGUCACUCCUAGAUGAAGCUGAGGGGGGGAAUGAACGGCUUCUGGCCUUGGUUCCUGAGGAAGUCCUUGACAAGGAUAAGAAGAGAUGCCUGCCCAGAUGAACAACCCAAUUCUCACUUCAGGAGAUAAGGGAGAUGAGACUGAUGGAAUCCUCAGUUACCCCCUUCUUCCCCUUUCUCUCAUGGGCAGGAUUUUGCCAAUACUAUAUAUAUAGUUUAUCUGGGCUGAUAACUUUUCAGGUUGAGCGCAGGAACUAGAUUUAGGCUGGUCACAUCCCUGUGACCUCCCCCAUCCCAAAGGUGUGGGGUGGUGUUUAGAAGUAUUCACUGUCCAUAGCACUCCCUUGAAAAGUCUUAAUUGAAUUAGAAUGUGUGCUAUUGUAGAAUGUAUUAAAUCUAUGUCCAAUGGAGGGACUGUCCUCAGGUGCUGCCCCCUUCCCCCUCCCACUCACCCCCCCAGUGUCCCUGAGCUUGCCAGAGAGGGCCGGCAGGUUGGAGAUGGUAGCGUGGAAGUGAGCCCUUAGUCUUCCUUGGCAGAGGUGGCUCAUCUGUUUGCAGAGGGCCCUUGUACAAGGAGAGACCUCAGUGCCCCAGAGGUUUGGAAGAUGAGAGGGGAAGAGACCCAGAAGAAUGAUUAAAGAUUGGGAAGGAGGAAGACAGGCCUGAGAAGGCCAGGGAAGGAGAAGGGCUGAGGCAGCUAAGGGUCCAGGUGGGAGCCUCAAUGGCUGCCAAAGCCACACCUCUAACCUACUAAUGUAGGUGACACUCUUGGGUCCAGUGUCCAGUGUCCAGUGGCUCGGCCUGGGCUGGGGGUGGGGGUGGGGGGCAAAGGGCAAGAGAAAUCCCCACCUCCUAGCCCCGGCUACCUUGGCUUGGCCGGGGCCGGGGCUGCAGCCAUGGGCAGCUGACUCUUCCUCCCAGUUCAGUUGGUAGCUGUGAACUGAAUGUUCCUUGUGUUGAAGUGGGCCUUUUCUGACCCCCUCCCCCAUCUUCAGGCCACUUCCCCCUUCCCCACCCCGCCCCAGGCUGAAUUCUUAGGGAACAAGAACUUGAUUUUAUGGCUUUCCCUCCUCCCUCCCCAAAUGUUUCGAGAAUGAAUGAAGGGCCCAUUUUGUUCUGGUGUUCUUGUUACUCAAUAAAAAUCGACCUUUUGUGUUAA